CAGUUUUCCAACACUAAACGCAAAACUCCACGUUAUGGCUGCGACACAACAAACAGAAUUCGGCAACAAUUUUCGGCUAAUUGUUGAGAAGAUCUUUAACAAUUGGCAAAAUUUGCGAUUGGCUGUGGAGCAUGGGAUGGGAGGGCGCAAUGGCCAGCAGGUGGCCAUACAAAUAAUGGAUUACACAUACCAAUAUUGUAUUGGCAACGAGAACAUUACCCAAGGGGAACUGCAGGAAGUGAUCGAAGAGCUCAUGGACCAGGAAUUCAAUACGCUGUGUGACGAUCACUCCAUACCGGAAAUAUGCCGCAAUUUGUUGCGAUACAAGCAAUUGGCGUUGCAAGGGCAUUAUGCACAGAUAGAAACAGAGCUGAGCAAGCUGCCGCAGGGCAAAGACUGGCUGCGUCCAGAUGUCAAAAUCACAUACACACCCGUUGCGGGAGACUCGUCGUCGGACGAGGAUAUGGACGAAGAUGACGAUGACAUGGAGGACGACGAUGAGAGCGAAGAGGAGGCUGCUUCCAGUAGCCGAGUUACCCGCUCUCAGACACGCAAGAAACAAGCCGAGGAGUUCGUUGAGCCUGAAGAGGGUUGGACCACGGUGCGCACGGGGCGUAGAAAGUGAGGAUUGUUAAAAUAAAAACACGAAUUGUUAGUUGUAA